UAAGACUUUGACCCCGACGCAGGCUUCAGUGGUUGCCGUGGAUCAGAAGCCUGAGAGCUUUGGUUCGAGACAAUUAAAGCCGUGGGAUGAGGAUCCGAGACAGGACGCGGUUCUGCCUGGGGAUUCUGAAGAGAAAAAGCUUUGAAAAGUCGAAUUCAUGGUCGUGGAAACCGAGCCCAUAUUAAGAAAUGUCAGGCGUCCGACCUCCGAUCAUGAACGGGCCCAUGCACCCCCGGCCCCUGGUGGCGCUCCUGGACGGCCGGGACUGCACAGUGGAGAUGCCCAUCCUGAAAGAUGUGGCCACGGUAGCUUUCUGUGACGCGCAGUCCACGCAGGAGAUCCAUGAGAAGGUACUGAAUGAAGCUGUGGGCGCACUGAUGUACCAUACCAUCACGCUGACCAGAGAAGACCUGGAGAAAUUCAAAGCCCUUCGAAUAAUUGUCCGAAUCGGCAGUGGCUUUGACAACAUCGACAUCAAGUCAGCUGGGGACUUAGGCAUUGCGGUCUGCAAUGUACCUGCUGCAUCCGUGGAGGAGACUGCAGACUCGACCAUGUGCCACAUCCUGAACCUGUACCGGCGGACCACCUGGCUGCACCAGGCACUGCGGGAGGGCACUCGAGUCCAGAGUGUCGAGCAGAUCCGGGAAGUGGCUUCCGGAGCCGCCAGGAUCCGUGGGGAGACCUUGGGCAUCAUCGGACUAGGUCGUGUGGGGCAAGCGGUAGCACUUCGGGCCAAGGCAUUUGGCUUCAAUGUUCUCUUCUACGACCCAUACCUGUCUGAUGGCAUCGAGCGGGCCCUGGGGCUGCAGCGCGUGAGCACCCUUCAGGACCUGCUCUUCCACAGUGACUGCGUGACACUGCACUGCGGCCUCAACGAGCACAACCACCACCUCAUCAACGACUUCACCGUCAAGCAGAUGAGACAAGGGGCCUUCCUGGUGAACACAGCUCGAGGUGGCCUCGUGGACGAGAAGGCACUCGCCCAGGCCCUGAAGGAGGGGCGGAUCCGUGGUGCAGCCCUCGAUGUGCACGAGUCAGAGCCCUUCAGCUUUAGUCAGGGACCCCUGAAGGAUGCGCCCAACCUCAUCUGCACCCCUCAUGCUGCAUGGUACAGCGAGCAGGCAUCCAUCGAGAUGCGUGAGGAGGCAGCCCGGGAGAUCCGGAGAGGGAUCACAGGGCGGAUCCCAGACAGCCUGAAAAACUGUGUCAACAAGGACCACCUGACAGCUGCCACCCACUGGGCCAGCAUGGACCCAGCCGUCGUGCACCCUGAGCUCAAUGGGGCUGCCUACAGCAGGUACCCCCCAGGCGUGGUAGGCGUGGCCCCCACUGGCAUCCCGGCCGCUGUUGAAGGCAUCGUCCCCAGUGCUAUGCCCCUGUCCCAUGGCCUCCCCCCUGUGGCCCACCCACCCCACGCCCCUUCUCCUGGCCAAACUGUCAAGCCCGAGGCGGAUAGAGACCACGCAAGUGACCAGUUGUAGCCCGGGAGGAGCUCUCAGCCUCAGCGCCUCGGUGGAGGGCGCCGCACACCGUCGGACCGGAGUGUGUGGAGGUGGUGCCUCCGUGGUGGCCGCGGGCUCCAGAGACUGGUCCAGGCUGUGCGGGGCGGGGCGAGAGGCAGUGCUGGGCCCUUCCUCCGUGUCGAUUGUAGUUGUCCCGUCCCGUGGGCUGGCUCACUGUCCUGUGUCCUUUGCGUUCCUUGUUAAGCAAAAGAAGUUAGUAGUUAAUUCUAUCAUGAAUGUUCUCGUCUGUGUACAGUUUUAGAACAUUACAAAGGAUUUGUUUGCUUAGCUGUCAACAAAAGGAAACUCGAGGGAGCACUCGGCAAGUCAAUUUGAGGUUGUUUCUCCCUUCACGUGUUGGAACGUGCCCCGGAGUGAGGCAGUUGGCAACUUCUCAGGACAAUGAACCCUCCCGUCUUUCUUUUUCUGCCACACAGUGCAUUGUUUUUUCUACCUGCUUGUCUUAUUUUUAGAAUAAUUUAGAAAAACAAAACAAAGGCUGUUUUUCCUAAUUUUUGGCAUGAACCCCCCCUUAUUCCAAAUGAAGACGGCAUCGCGAAGCAGCUCAGAGGAGGGUUUGUGUAAUGCACAGCGUGCCCGCGGCCCGUCAACGUCUGUCCUGGGGGUGUGGAGGGACGGCAGUGUCCCCGCCUGCGCCGGUGCCGUCCUGCUGAUGUGGUAGGCUAGCAAUAUUUUGGUUAAAAUCAUGUUUGUGACUGUAACCAUUUGUAUGAAUUAUUUUAAAGAAAUAAAAAUCCCAGAAAGA